GCUCUUGUCUCAGUCCCCACUUCUGGAAGAAGAAACUCAAGUAACAACAUGUACUAGUUGCUUCUUGCCCUAAGAAACUUAAAGUCAAUCAGAGGAUAUUACAUGAAUCCAGAUAACUGAAAUAAAAAUCAGUGAAACAAAAAUAUGCAAUGGAAGUUCAGAUUGAAUGAAUGAAAAAAAAAAGUCUUAGAAGUGAUGGUUUUUAUACUAGACACUGAAGGAAGAUUUUAACUUUGGAUUUUUCAAUGUGUGAUGUUGGGGAAUGGAAAGACCAUUAUAAAUAGAGAGAUGAAGAGAACAAAGACAAGAAUAUCCAGGACUAUUUUGGGAUUGGUGUCCCAAUUUGACUGAGCCAUGUAGUUUAUGAAAAAUGACAGUGAGAUAAAAGCAUGAAAAGUUAGAUUAAGAUCAUACUGUCAAAGAUAUUGAAAAGUUAAACUAUGGAGUUAGAAUUUAGGGAUAUAGAAAAAUCAUCAUUUAAACUUUUAUGACACAGGGGCACCUGGGUGGCUCAGUGGGGUAAAGCCUCUGCCUUCGGCUUGGGCCAUGAUCCCAGGGUCCUGGGAUCAAGCCCCACAUCGGGCUCUCUGCUCAGCGGGGAGCCUGCUUCCUCCUCUCUCUCUGCCUGCCUCUCUGCCUGCUUGUAGUCUCUGUCAAAUAAACAAAUAAAAUCUUAAAAAAAAAAAAAAACUUUUAUGACACAUACUGGAAGGGAACUUAAAACCACAAAACAUAUGCUAAAAAAUAUAUAAAAGUACUUGUUCUGGGGUACCUGAGUAUCUUGGUCAGUUGAGCACCUGACUCUUGAUUUCAGUUCAAGUCAUGAUCUCAGGGUCCUUCAUCAUGCUUAGGGUGGAAUCUGCUUGAGAUUCUUUUUUCUCUCCCUCUGCCCCUCCCCCUACUCAUGCUCAAAAUAAAUAAAAUCUUUUUUUUUAAAGCUCUUGUUCUGUAAUGGAAGUUGCAAUAGUUGCUAGGACUGGAUUUUCCUGUUUUCUCCAGGGUGAUUGCACUUCCUGUACUGAACUUCAAGAUUUCAUAAUCAAGCUUCAAUGCUCAGCGCUAGUUGUGUACUAGUUUGCUAAGGCUAAUGUAAAAAAAAAAAAAAAAAAAAAAAAGGACUACAACUUGAGUGGCCUAACCAACAGAAAUAUAUUAACUCACAGUUCUGGAAGCUUGAAAUCCAAUAUUAGGGUGUAAGCAGGGUUAGUGUUUUGAGGGGUGGGAAGGAAAGAGCUGUUCUAGGCCUCGUCUCCCUGGCUUAUAGAUGACCAUCUAUAGACGACAGAUAUGGGAGCACAUCUUUCCAUUCCUUCUGUAGGGCAGUCCAGCCCAGUGGAUGAACCAUUCCCGCCUACAGCCCCUCUGGACCUGCGGCAAGCCCCAGCGUGAUCCAGAUUGCUUUUGCCACCAACCUGAAGACAUAUGGCCCCAUAAGGACAGAAACCAUUCUGUUCAUUUCUGUGUUUUGGACUUUCCAUGUACACAGGAUUUGAACUCAUCUUCAUCAUUCAUACGAGGGAACCAGUGAUAGAAUCCUUGGAGUUACAAUGAAACAUAUCAGAAGCAUUUACGUAUUUUGUAGUAUUGCUGUGUCAGUGCAGGGCUGGGCUUCAAAGUUGCCAGAAGAAAGGGAGUUAACGGCCAAUUUCUCCAACAUGUUGCUAAGAAAGGUUCCUGCAGACUUGACCCCAACCACAACCACACUGGAUUUAUCCUACAACCUCCUUUCUCUACUUCAGAGUUCAGAUUUUCGUUUUGUCUCUAAACUGAAAGUUUUGAUUCUGCGCCAUAACAGAAUCCAAGAGCUGGAGGUCAAGACCUUUGAAUUCAACAGAGAGUUAAGAUAUUUAGAUUUGUCUUAUAACAGACUGAAGAUUGUAACUUGGUAUUCACUGGCAGGUCUCAGACAUUUAUAUCUUUCUUUCAAUGAUUUUGACACCAUGCCUAUCUGUGAGGAAACUGGCAACAUGUCACAUUUGGAAAUUCUAGGUUUAAGUGGGGCAAAAAUACAAAAAUCAGAUUUCCAGAAAAUUUCUCAUUUGCAUCUAAAUACUGUCUUCCUAGGAUUGAAAAGUCUUCCUCAUUAUGAAGAAGGUAACCUGCCCAUCUUAAACACAACAAAACUUCACAUUGUUUUACCAAUGAACACAAAUUUCUGGGUUCUUUUGCGUGAUGGGAUCAGGACCUCAAAAGUACUAGAAAUGACAAAUAUAGAUGGCAAAAGCCAACUUGCAAAUUAUGAAACUCAACAAAAUCUUACUUUAGAGGAUUCCAAGACCUCUAUUCUAUUACUUAUUAUUGAUUUACUCUGGGAUGACCUUCUCCUACUCUUCCAGUUUAUUCGGCACACAUCAAUAGAAUGCUUCCAAAUCCAACAUCUAACUUUUGGAGGCAAGGUUUAUCUUGACCACAAUUCAUUUGAUUACCCAAAGACUGUAAUGAGAACUAUGAAAUUGGAGCACGUACAAUGCAGAGUUUUUUCUGUUCCACAGGAGAGGGUCUACUUGCUUUUUACCAAAAUGGAUAUAGAAAACCUGACUAUAUCAGAUGCACAAAUGCCUCACAUGCUGUUUCCUGUUUAUCCUACAAGAUUCCAGUAUUUAAAUUUUGCUAAUAAUAUCUUAACAAAUGACCUGUUUAAGCAACCUAUCCAGUUGCCUCAUUUGAAAACUCUCAUUCUGAAGGGCAAUAAAUUGGAGACACUUUCUUUAGUGGGUUUCUUUGCCAGCAACACAUCCUUGAAGCACUUAGAUCUGAGCCAGAAUCUGUUACAACAUGAAAAUGAUGAAAAUUGCUUUUGGCCAGAAACCUUGAUCACUAUGAACCUGUCUUCCAACAGAUUUGCUGAUUCUGUUUUCAGGUGCUUGCCCAGAAGUAUUCAAAUUCUUGACCUGAAUAAUAACCAAAUUCAAACUGUCCCUAAAGACAUUAUUCAUCUGAAGUCUUUGCAAGAGCUGAAUCUUGCAUUUAAUUUUCUCACUGAUCUUCCUGGGUGUAGUCAUUUCAGAAAACUCUCAAUUCUGAACAUUGAAAUGAACUUAAUUCUGAGCCCAUCUCUGGAUUUUUUUCAGAGUUGUCAGGAAGUUAAGACUCUGAAUGCAAGAAGAAAUCCAUUCUGGUGUACUUGUGAAUUAAGAGAUUUCAUCCAGCUUGAAAAGUAUUCAGAGAGCAUGAUGAUUGGAUGGUCAGAUUCGUACAUCUGCGAAUAACCUUUGAAUCUAAAGGGGACUCAGUUAAAGGAUGUUCAUCUUCCUGAAUUAUCUUGCAACACAGCUCUGUUGAUUGUCACCAAUGUGGUUAUCAUGCUAGUUCUGGGGAUGGCUGUGGUCUUCUUCUGCUUCUACUUUGAUCUGCCCUGGUAUCUCAGGAUGCUGGGUCAGUGGACACAGACACUGCAGAGGAUUAGAAAGACAAGCCAAGAACAACUCAAGAGAAAUGUCCGGUUCCAUGUGUUUAUUUCAUACAGUGAACAUGAUUCUAUGUGGGUGAAGCAUGAAUUAAUCCCCAAUCUAGAGAAAGAAGAGAAAUUGAUUUGCCUCCAUGAGGGACACUUUGACCCUGGCAAGAGUAUUACUGAAAAUAUCAUGAACUUCCUUGAGAAAAGCUGUAAGUCCAUCUUUGUUUUGUCUCCCAACUUUGUCCAGAGUGAGUGGUGCCAUUAUGAACUCUACUUUGGCCACCACAGUCUCUUCCAUGAAAACUCAUAUUAUGUCAUGUUUAUCUUACUGGAACCCAUUCCACUCUACUCCAUUCCUACCAGGUAUCCUAAGCUGAAAGCUCUUCUGGAAAAGAAAGCAUACUUGGAAUGGCCCAAGGAUAGGCGUAAAUGUGGACUUUUAUGGGCAAAUCUUCGAGCUGCUAUUAAUGUUAAUUUAUUAAAAACCAGAGAGAUAUGUGAACUACAGACAUUCGUGGAGCUAAAUGAAGAGUCUCGAGGUUCUGCAAUCUCUUUGAUAAGAACAGACUGCCUCUCUUCCCCUGAAAAAAAUGCAGGGGAAAUUGGGGCCUGCAUACAUUGUCAGGAUAGAAGUUGAUAACCCCCUUUAUGCUGGUAACUGAGCAAUAUCAUUAAAAUGAAAAAUGAUUAUUUUUUUAUGUCAGUUCCUGGAAGGAUUUCUAAGAAUGUAUACUACAGAAACACAAGUUUGCAAAGGCUUAUGUAAAAAGAUGUUCAUCCCAACAUUGUUUAUAAUCAUGAAAAAUCAAAAACAGCUCACAUUUCCAUAGAAUAAAGAUUGAGUCAAUCAA